AAAUAAGCUAAGCUGUUGCUUGCAUGCGGCUGCGAAGUACCUAAGCAGAGUGAGUGAGUGGCCUUGGUUCGUCCACCGAAUCGGCGAGCUUCCUCCACAAUCACCACGCCUGGACGUCGACCUUUUUUCACCCUUCUUCACCGUCCUCCCUCCUCCUCUUCCUGCUGCUGGAUCACCGGACCGACCGUCCUUCUGUUGCAGACAGACAGCCUCCCUCCCUCAUCGCUCCCCCUCCAACGAUGAAGUCGGUCAUGUUCUCCCGGGCCAGCGCCCAGGGCCUGCGGUGCGCCGGCACCCGCGCGCCCGCCCAGCGCAUGAGCAUGGGCACCCUCGCCACCUGGAGGACGCCCAAGGUGGCCAACGAGCCCAACCAUCACUACGCCAAGGGCAGCGCCCAGCGCCAGGGCCUCACGGCCGCCAUCGAGCAGCUCCAGCAGAAGCUGCCCCUCGAGGUCCCCGUCGUCGUCGGCGGAAAGGAGAUCAAGACGUCGUCGCUCUCCCACCAGCUCAACCCGUCGGACCACGCGACCAAGGUGGCCAACUACCACACGGCCACGCCCGCCGACGUGAACAAGGCCAUCGACGCCGCCCUCGCCGCCAAGCCCGCCUGGGAGGCGCUCCCGUUCGCCGACCGCGCCGCCGUCUUCCUCAAGGCCGCCGACCUCGUCGCCGGCAAGUACCGCUACGACAUCAUGGCCACGACGGUGCUUGGCCAGGGCAAGAACGCGUGGCAGGCCGAGAUCGACGCCGCCGCCGAGCUCGCCGACUUCUUCCGCUUCAACGUCCACUACGCCCAGGAGCUGCUCAACCAGCAGCCCGAGCACAACGCCGCCGGCGUCUGGAACCGCCUCGAGUACCGCCCGCUCGAGGGCUUCGUCUACGCCGUCAGCCCCUUCAACUUCACCGCCAUCGCCGGCAACCUCCCCGGCGCCCCGGCCCUGAUGGGCAACGUCGUCGUCUGGAAGCCUAGCGACUUCGCUAUCGCCUCCAACUACCUCGUCUACCAGAUCUUGGUCGAGGCCGGCCUGCCCAAGGACGUCAUCCAGUUCGUCCCCGGAAACCCCGAGGAGAUCACAAAGGUCGCCCUCGGCCACAAGGAGUUCGCCGCGCUGCACUACACCGGCAGCACCGCCGUCUUCCGCAAGCUGUACGGCGCCAUCGGCCAGGGCGUGGCCGAGGGCCGCUACAAGUCGUACCCUCGCAUCGUUGGCGAGACUGGCGGCAAGAACUUUCACCUGAUUCACAAGUCGGCCGACGUGGACAACGCCGCCAUCCACAGCGUCCGUGGCGCCUUUGAGUUCCAGGGCCAGAAGUGCAGCGCCACCUCGCGCGUCUACGUUCCCAAGUCGCUCUGGCCGGCGUUCAAGGACAAGCUCGUCGCCGAGACUAAGAAGCUCACCGUCGGCGAGCCCUGGAAGCACUCCAACUUCAUGGGCCCCGUGAUUCACGCCGCGUCCUUUAAGAAGCUGUCGGGCGCCAUCGACGAGGCCAACGCCGACAAGGAGAUGAAGCUGCUGGCCGGCGGCGCCUACGACUCGUCCAAGGGCUACUUUGUGCAGCCCACCAUCUACCAGACCACCAACCCGGCCCACAAGUUCCUGUCGACCGAGUUCUUCGGCCCUAUCCUGACCGUCUACGUCUAUGACGACGCGGCGCCGGACAGCUUCGCCAAGGCGUGCGAGCUGGUCGACGGCACAUCCGACUACGGGCUGACGGGAUCCAUCUUCGCCUCGGACCGCGAGGCCGUCCGCUUCGCCGAGGAGAAGCUGCGCAACGCCGCCGGCAACUUCUACAUCAACUGCAAGAGCACCGGCGCCGUCGUCGGCCAGCAGGCCUUUGGCGGCUCGCGGGCCAGCGGCACUGACGACAAGGCUGGCAGCGCCAACCUGCUGACGCGGUUCGUCAACAUGCGCGCCAUCAAGGAGGAGUUCAAUGCGACCACCAAGGUUGAGUACCCGAGCAACGAGGUUUAGGGGCGGUGAGGAAAUGAAGGAGGCUGGUUGAUGUAAUUGGAUGAAGCCCUGGAGAGGAGGAAGAGGCUCAGUGCCUGGUCUCUUUGAUUCGAGCCGACUGGCAUCGACGGGCGCUUUGUAGACUUGAUCUUUGCGUGGACGAUUCUCAUCAAAAAGGUAGCUACAGAGGAGGCUCCUACGAAUUCAUGAAAGCUGCGUGUGUGGCUCAUUGGACAAAUGACAACUUGGGCCUUGGUACUGUGGGAGCACGUGCGAGAGCGUUGUAUCUGCUGGGUUGCGUGAACAUGGGGGGAAGACAGGGCGGAGCGCAUCUGCCUCGCGUCACAGCAGGUCUCGUUCGUCAAAGAGGGGACGUUUUACCAGGCAAGGGGUGCACUCGAGGGCUACGUAGAUGGCGGUUAUCCGUGUCCCCCGUGGAGCCGAUGGUGUCGUCGUUUCGUGGUCGUACUUGGUAGUAGUACUACGCUCGAAGUAGUACGUUGGUGUGCGUACGAGUACC